CCGUCCGCCUCUUCUGCACGGCGCCUCUCGACGCCUUAUAGUCUACACGGGCGGCGCCACUCGGGCAGCGCCACCACACCCACCGACCUCCGCUCCCAGCUCGGCGCCCUCGUUUCCACCUCCGUAACGGCCGCGCGCAAUCUCUACGACCACUCGGCCGCCGUCUACGCAGGGCUCUCCCCGACCCAGCAGUUCCUCGCUCUCGCCGCCGGCGUGCUCAUCCUCGCCCUGUCCAUCACCCUCCUCAUCUUCUCGCACCGCCUCUUCACCCUCCUGGCGCCCAUCGCCGUCUCGUGGCGCGCCCUCCCCGGCGGCUGGCUCAUCAUCUGGGUCCUCACCUUCCUCGUCGCCUUCCCCCCUCUGGUCGGCUAUAGCACCGCCUGCACCGUCGCCGGCUUCGUCUAUGGCUUCCCCCUCGGCUGGCCCAUCGUCGCCUCCGCCACCGUCGCCGGCUCCUCCGCCGCGUUCGUCGCCAGCCGCACCGUGCUCUCCGCCUACGUCGACCGCCUCGUCGGCACCGACCACCGCUUCGUCGCCCUGGGCCAGGUCCUCCGCCACGACGGCCUGGGCGUCCUCGCCCUCGUCCGCUUCUGCCCCCUGCCCUACAGCCUGUCCAACGGCUUCCUCGCCACCGUGCCCUCCAUCCGCACCACCGGCUUCGCCCUCGCCACCGCCCUCGCCUCCCCGAAGCUGCUCGUCCACGUCUUCAUCGGCUCCCGCCUCGCCCUGCUCGCCGAGCGCGGCGACGAGAUGGGCUUUGGCGACAGGCUCGUCAACUACCUCUCCAUGCUCAUCGGCGCCGGCGUCGGCAUCGGCGUCGGCUACGUCAUCUACCGCCGCACCAUGGCCCGCGCCGAGCAGCUGGCCCGGGAGGAGGCCGAGACGGGA